AAAAAGGGGGGGAGGAUGGGUUGCUCAUGAAUCGUGAAAAGUUGCCAUAAUUUAGAUCUUGUUUCUGGAGCUGAUUAACGAAAACUCUUUUAGGGCAUGAUUUUUGACUUUGAAAAGUGCAUCAGACGUCAGUUCCACUGUACCGUUGCCAUGCGAACGAGCAUUAAUGAAGUGGAACGAUGGUGCAUUAUGCAGCGCGGUAGAUAUUAAACAGUCUUUUGAUUAAUACCAAGCAAAAAAAAGGUUAAAAUGUGUACCCCAAACACAGAUUUAACUUUCUUGUGAUGAAAGAAAGAGGUGCUAGAUGUUCAAGUGCAGGAAACCGCUUAACAGCAUUUGCGCUGUUUUCUUAGUGUGCAUGCGCUCCAGUGUUUUGCGUCGUUUCAGUGUUAGUUUCCCAGCAGUAAAAUUAAGUACCAUGAUUUUUAACAAAGAGAUUUAUAAAUGCAUUCAGUGUGUUCAGACUUUGUACUAAACGCGAAGGCUAGCCAACAUCUGUGUGUGAGACCAGCUAUUCACAAAACCACCUGUAGCGAAAAAAACAUUGUGAUGGCUAGUCUGGGUAAUCUCUGAAGUGGAGGCAAACUCACAAGCACCCAGUUGGAGGGUCAUGCCAUACAAACUCGGCAGAAACGCAGAUUGAUGACAACACACGAAGUUUGUGUUUCUAAAGUGGAGCGAGUACCGGUAUUUGGUUAGAAGCCGUAGGGAGUAAACCUGGGGCGUUUGGAGUCUGAUGUUGUGAUAUGCAUUUGGAGCUCUGGACUUGAUCGACUCCAGGUAACCGGCUCAAAAAAAUGUGGGCACGCGGAAUUGCGUCGCUUCUGUUGAAGUACUUCACUGUGGUGUGACGAUGAACAUUCAGUUCAGUAGGCGGAUAGUGACUUCGCAAGCGUUCUGCGCCAUACACUGAAUAUGCGGGUACGGUGUUAACAACCCGAAGGUAAUAUUGUCAGCUGCAAACUGUGACUCACAGACGAAAAUCCCCCGUGUAGCCAUAUUGCAUAUUUGCACUGGAGCAGUUGGCAACCUGAACGAUGGGCGAUUGCGCGGGAAGCGCCGGGCAGUUCUGCCGGAGCUUCUUCGCUCGACUGUCCCGGACCAAGCAGGUCCAGCAGACCACCCUGAGUGCCCGGAGGCAGGAGCGGCCCUCAUCACCGGAGGGGGCACGAUGUGUCCCCUGCAAGCUGGCUCGGUAUGGAGUGGGGCACGGGGGCUCGCUUGCGGUGGGUGUGUUCGUAAUUGUCGGGUAUGUGGCUGGAGAGUUGACAGGCCCCUCGGCACUGUUGAGCUUGGUGAUAGCUGUACUUGCUUGUUUAAUCACAGGGUAUUGCUACGCCGAAUACACGUCGCACUACCCGACGAGAUCAAUGCCUGCCUCGCCGUACCACUAUAUCUACAUGCUGUCAGGAGAGUUUCCCGCCGUCGUGGGGUGUUGGUGCCAAAUUUUAGUCUAUCUCACCGUCUCCGCGUUGCUUGGCCGAUCCAUCAGUUCCAAUUUCGAUUACAUAAUCGGCAACCCGAUCCAGAACUUCACAAUUGUUGCGCUGGAGGACACUGCCGCUUCGGUGUACAUUCCGGAGCCUGACUUGUUGGCCUUGGCUGUGGUCGUGGUAGUUGCGCUGCUGGUGUCCGUCGGUGGGAAACCAUCGUCUCUCUCCAACGCGAUUUUCAGCGUGGUAUCUUGCAUCUUGGUGUUGGCGAUUAUUGUUUUGGCGGGAAUCCAGUUGACCAAUCAGCGCUUUCAACUUACAGCUAACAUAUUUCCCGAGGGACACAAAGGGGUGUUCCGUGGGGCGGCAGUUUUGAUUUUUCUCUUCAGUAGUUAUGACGUCAUUUCAACGUCAUCAAAAAGCUCGGGUUCGUCUUCCUCCCAAAUUGCCCACGCCCUGGCCUUGUCGUCCAUAAUUAACUUAGUUUUCUACUUGGUGCUGGCCAUGUUCUGUGUCUUAGUGGUGCCGUUCUCUUGGACGAACGAGGAGCCAAUUAUGGCGAGACUCUUUGGUAUCCAGUGGGGGAACUGGGCCAUGUAUACAGUCGGGAUAAGUGCAAUACUCUGUCUGGGCUCUGCCCUUUUUAAUAACAUGUGCUCGCUGGUGUACAGCGUGUUUCUGCUAGGAAACGACGGGCUUGCGUUCCGAUUCCUGGGUAAACUCGUCUCCAGACUCCAGUCGCCAUUUUUAACGGCUGUCAUCUUUGGGAUAAUCUGCGGAGUAGUGGCAGUUGUGUUGAAUCAGGAAACGCUCCUGGAAUUGAUGGCAGUAGGACUGUUGGUGAAACAGCUUCUCGUCUGCGCAUGCACCCUUUCCCACAGGUAUCAGAAGAUUAAGUUCGACGUCAAUGAAAACAUCAACCUGGAAGACAUCUUGAGAAACGGCGAAAUGACAACCCCAGAAACCGAGGGCAAGACGGAGCCCGUUCAGAGAAACGGUGGUCCACAUCACCACGCCGAACGCAAGGCUCUGCCGAGGCCCGAAGCCGAAGAGCGGCCCUCAGCGGAGGGAAAGACCGAGAAAGGCAAUUCACCUGCGGUGGUUGACGCCUCACAGAGCAACGGAAAAUCGGUGCGAUUCCGGGACGAGACGUCGGACAGCUCUGGUGGCUCUGACAUCGAGGAGACGGACAUUGACGCCAUCGUGGAAGAGUACCAAGACAGGCUGCGCUUGGCUUCUGUUAAACAUCUCGAAAGCCCGCACAGCAGCCGCAAUAAAGUAAAAAGUCCCACUAUGUUCACCUCCAACAUCGCAGCUGGAUUUUCCCUUCUGGUUUGUCUCUGGAUAGCCGUCAUGGCCGCCAUUUUGACGCAACGCGUUCCGUACGUGCAGGAAGUGGAACCAUGGACCAUAUCUGGCUCGUUUGUCGUCUUGGUCGCCAUCAUUGUUUGUCUCGUGGUGAUUGUUACCCAACCACGCAGGGAGGUGAAACCCAUCUUCAUGACGCCACUCUUUCCCCUCCUGCCGCUUUUAGGGAUUUCAGCAAAUAUUUGUCUACUGUUCUUUGUAAGUGCCAAGACCUGGCUUAUCUUUGUGGUUUGGCUCAUCCUUGGUCUGUGCGUGUACUUCUGUUACGGUAUUUGUCACAGUGUGGAGGCGAGAAGAUAUUCUUGCCGACUGCCCGAUGAGGAACGCAUUCUUCUGCCGUCUAUUCCCGAACAGGCUAUGCACCAGGAAUUCGUAAAGGGACAGAUGCCGAAGCGCCAAAACAUUGGGUAUAAAGAUUUUCAUGAGACACCUUAGUCUAACAGCUGAGAUCGGCCUGUAUGAUGACUGUCCUCUUUAAGCGGCGGAAAUUGGGCAAAGUUGACCAGAGCAUUUCCGUUCUUACACUAAAGUUAUGUUCUUCCAAAGUUUUUUGUGCUUGGAAUUUGCUGUUAUACAUGUACUCUUAUAGGCCCUAAUGCUGGUUUUGUUGGUUUGUUCUUGACAUGAGUUUGCAUUUUUGUUUUGCACGAAACAAUGCUUGAUGAUUUUAUUCCUCCAAAAUUUAAACUUUUUAUUCUGUUACCAGAGUUCGUGCAUUUUUUAUUUUUGACUUUUGCAUCAAUAUACUUAGCAAAUUUGAAACUCACGUUGUUCAUUUUCGCACGAUAAUAUGCACCAUGGGUCUUCCACUUAGUUUAAGCGGAGAAACAUUUAGAAGUCAUGAUUAUAUGAAAUUUUGAGAAUUUUGUUUUAAUGUACAUCAGAGCACAUUUUCAACUGUGCCUUUAUGACUGUUAAUGUGAAUCAAGUUGUUUGUAUUUAACCUAAAAAAAAGUCUCUUCGAAAAUUGGUUGAAGAAGUAGAAAGUGUUUAUCAGUACCAAUAUUAAAAAGGCAUAUUGUGUGGAAGUUAUUUGUACAAAAUGUUGUGGUAAAGUGUUUGGAGUUUCGCGUAGCAAGCUAUGUGGUCAUUUGAAAUUUCUGGCGUUUCAAGUGUCGCGUAUGUACCAUGCAAAUGCCUUUUGUUCCGUUCACGAUUGCAAAAUGCUUCUCCACUUCCUUACUUGCAAAAUAUUCUUGAGAAUGUAUUUUACAUUAUUGCCAGAUUUGAGCUAUUGAGAAAUUAUAUGUAUUAAGAAUUAUACAAAAAUAUUAAUUACCCUAAUUUUAGAACAAAAUACCCAUUUUUAUAUAAAAACCAUAUUAUUUGGAUCAAACGAAGAUGUACUACGACUUAAGUGAAAAUUGUGAGAUCAUAUUAUUAUUGUAUGCACUGAAAUCGACUGAUUGAUCGAUUGGUUUAAUGAUUAGUCGAUCAAUCAGUAAGCCGAAUCGAAGCCAUCUAAAAGCCGUUAACCAUUGUUGCAAUGUUAAGACUUGGUUCUUAAGUCUCUUUUCAUCAGUUAUCUUUUAGUUGUCAGGUUUAUUGUGUUGAGUUUUAGUGUAUACCACCAGAGCUAACAAACGUUUUUAGAAUUCUGAUUUUUUUCGUUAAAUAUUUGUUCUGGUUUGUCAUUCCUUCGAAUUUCAUUCGUAGUUUUCUAUUUGCUUGAUGUGACGAUUUUGUAAUAGAUUUGCGGAUAUUUGGCAGCAGUAUUAGUUAAAUAUUUCAGAUUUAAUGUUUAUGUGUAGUACUUCUUUCUGAGGAGAAAUGUAGUGUUGCACGUGAAGAAUUCAUUGUCACGUGACUCACGUCACCGCGUUGCGACUGUGACAUAUCUGUUAUAAAUUCAGCGCUGGGAAAAGUG